AUGAGCGUCCUCUUGGCGCUCUCAUCCAAUGAGCGUCAUCUUGGCGCUCAUCUUCCAAUGAGCGUCAUCUUGGUGCUCUCAUCCAAUGAGCGUCAUCUUGGCGCUCAUCUUCCAAAGAGCGUCAUCUUGGCGCUCAUCUUCCAAAGAGCGUCAUCUUGGCGCUCAUCUUCCAAUGAGCGUCAUCUUGGCGCUCAUCUUCCAAAGAGCGUCAUCUUGGCGCUCACCUUCCAAAGAGCGUCAUCUUGGCGCUCACCUUCCAAAGAGCGUCAUCUUGGCGCUCAUCUUCCAAUGAGCGUCAUCAUGGCGCUCUCAUCCAAUGAGCGUCAUCUUGGCGCUCAUCUUCCAAAGAGCAUCAUCUUGGCGCUCAUCUUCCAAUGA